AGCAGUGACCCACAGCCAGGUGCUCUGCUGACCAGUCCCACUGGGUCCAGGAGAUGGGUGUCACCUCUCCUAUGGCAGCCCCAGGAGAAGCUGGGGCAGGGGAUGAUUUUCUCUCACGAAUAGGGUUCCCUGGCGUGGCUGCUUUGCGCUCCCCCCUCUUUUUGCAGAUGGGUUCUGCAGGAGUUGGCUGCCCCUCUGUAGGGUUUCUGGGGCUGGCAGGGUCACAGCAGGGCUUGGUUCCUCAUCUGCUCUUCUGUGCAGUGUGUAGAGAUGGGGCUUUUCCCACAGGGAACUGAUGCUGAUGAUGGGUCAUCCUUGGUCCUAUACACCAAAUUACCCACCACCUCCAAGUCUAUAAAUCCAGAUCACCCAAACCCAGGCAGAACUUCACCCCACACCAAACCCCGCAUCUUGCAGUGUUUUCAUCUCAUCUUUGUGUCUAAUUAUACCGAGGUUAAAAAUAGGGCAGUGUCCAAAAGCAGCGCAGCUCUGAGGCAUCUGCUUAACCUCCUGACCCCAGUGCAGCUCCCGGAAUAGCAGAGCUUUGCUGGAUUAUCUCACAACUUCUUUCCAUUCUAAGCAGAAUGUUUGUAUCAUUGAAACUUUGGGGUCUGUAAAUCAGCUUCUGAUUAACAUUAAUCAGAUUAAUGUUCCUAAUGGGCUUGGGGAAGGUCAGAGGUUUUUCCUUUGGGACUAACGUUGAACGUGGACAGGAGCAAAGGGGCACUGCUGUGAGAGCAGCGGGACGGGGAGGACUGUUCCUGCAGGGUUCCUCCUUCCGACCAUGGGGAACAACAACAGCUCCACGGUGGACGACCUGCAGGCGGUGGAGAUCCACCACUGGUACAAGAAGUUCAUGACGGAGUGUCCCUCUGGGCAACUGACGGAGCACGAGUUCAAGCAGUUCUUCGGGCUGCGUGGGCUGGACCCCCAGGCCAAUGAGUACAUCGAGCAGAUGUUCCGUACCUUCGACAUGAAUAAGGAUGGGUACAUCGACUUCAUGGAGUACGUGGCGGCCCUCAGCCUGGUGCUGCGUGGGAAGAUGGAGCAGAAGCUGCGCUGGUACUUCAAGCUGUACGACGUGGACGGGAACGGCUGCAUCGACCGCCACGAGCUGCUCAACAUCAUUAAGGCCAUUCGUGCCAUCAAUGGCGGUGACCACGAGACGAGCGCAGAGGAGUUCACCAACCGCGUCUUCAACAAAAUCGAUGUGAAUGGAGAUGGGGAACUUUCCCUAGAUGAAUUUGUGGAGGGAGCGAGGAAGGACGACGAGUUCAUGGAGGUGAUGAUGAAGAGUUUGGACCUGUCGCACAUUGUGGCCAUGAUCAACAACCGCCGGCACAGCGUGUAAACGGGGCUGGGAGAGAGCCAGCCGGGAAGGACAGCGGUGCUGAAAGAAACAAACACCAUUCCAUGCACCUAAGAAUGGAAAUGAGAACAGAAAGGAAC